GCACUUCCUCGGAGUUUCCGCGCAUAGAAGACUACCUUAGUGCUUGGAAAUUAUUUAAAAGCUUUCAAAGGGCCCCCUUGCGAUCAUGAUAUCACUCAAUCUCAUAUUCCAGACCUUCUACUAUAAUCGUGGAACAUACGAUUGACCCUUCAGAAUGAGUGACUCUGACCCAUCUCCAAUGGAUGUCAAGCCUACUAAGAGCGAAUUCACGUCUGCUCUCACUGUAAUGCUUUUGAUAGUUCAUCGAGAAGAGCUAACAUCUUCAGACCGCAAGCAUGUCUAAUGCUACUAGGCUCGUUCACUGGCGUAUUCUGCACAGUUGGUUUCGUCAAUUCGUUCGGUCUAUUUGAAGAGUACUAUGCAAAGGUCCAACUGGCCGGCGAAUCCCAGUCCACCAUCGCUUGGAUAGAAGCAGUUGCAGUAUUUUUUAUCUUCUCUGUAUCAGCAGUGUCAGGCGCCUUGCUCGAUGCGAUUGGGCCAAGAAUCCUCCUCCUAGCCGGUAGUGUAGGGUCUGUUUUCUCACUCAUGAUGACAUCCCUGUGCAAAGAGUUCUAUCAAUUCAUCCUCGCCCAAGGCAUCCUCCUCGGAAUCUCCCAGUCCCUCCUAACCUGCCCCAUGGUAGCCCUCGUGAGUCAACACAUCAAAGUCAUCCGCGGCGCCUCUCUCAUCAGCCGCAUUCUGCCGGGCUUCUUGGCGGACCGGUACGGGCGCUUCAACUGCUGCUUCGUGGCGACCUUCCUGUCGGGGCUCAUCGCUUUGUGUUGGACGAAGGUGACGUCCGUGGCGGGAUUGGUGGUUUCCUCAGCGGCGUAUGGAUUCUCUUCUGGGGCUAUAUUGUCGCUUCAGCAGGCAUGCGCGCUGCAGCUGGCGACUCCCCAGAACAUGGGUCUGGCAGUCGGGGUGGUAAUGGCCGCGGCUUCUCUCUCUGCUAUGGCCGGAGUUCUAAUUAGUGGGGAGUUGGCGGAGAAGUAUGGGUAUCUGGCGCUCUCCAUCUACUCAGGCGUCAGUCUUUUGGUGGGGAGUCUGCUGCUGCUGGUGGCAAAAGGUGGUUCAGAGGCCGGGGGUGUUUGGGGUGGUUUGAUUCUUUUUCUGUCUGGGGGUGAGAUUGGACAGGAACUAGCUAUGAUAUUAAAC